AUGCCAAAUCUCACGAUCGCUUCCGUUUCUAGAAGCAAUAUUCAUCGCCUUGCUCGUUGUUUUUUCAGUGUCGAUUCAACGAAAUACGCACAAUCAAAGGACCCCAAAAUGCCGAUGCUUCCGCAUGCGAUCAAUUUGUCCGGCGAUUCCCAGCCAGGAGCCAUUGCUGAUGAUCAGUUGAAGCAGUAUCGAGAUACACACAAGGAGCCACAUGUCCUCACAAUGUCCAAUGGAGCACCAAUCUACACAAAAACCGCCUCCUUGACAGCUGGAAGUCGUGGACCAAUGCUCUUGCAAGAUGUCGUUUUCUUGGAUGAAAUGGCUCAUUUCGAUCGCGAACGCAUUCCAGAGCGUGUCGUGCAUGCAAAAGGAGGCGGUGCUCAUGGAUACUUUGAAGUCACCCAUGAUAUCACGAAAUACUGUAAAGCUGAUAUGUUCAGUGAAAUCGGAAAGAAGACACCAAUGCUGGCUAGAUUCUCUACUGUCGGUGGAGAGAGUGGAUCCGCUGAUACUGCUCGCGAUCCACGUGGAUUUGCUCUCAAGUUUUACACUGAAGAAGGCAACUGGGAUUUGGUUGGAAACAACACUCCAAUCUUCUUCAUCCGUGACGCAAUCCAUUUCCCGAAUUUCAUUCACACCCAGAAAAGAAAUCCACGCACUCAUUUGAAAGAUCGCAAUGCUAUGUACGACUUCUGGAUUAACCGUCCUGAGUCGAUUCAUCAAGUAAUGUUCCUAUUCUCGGAUCGCGGAACUCCUGAUGGUUUCCGCCAUAUGAAUGGAUAUGGAUCUCAUGCAUUCAAGAUGGUCAACAAAGAAGGACAACCGAUUUAUUGCAAGUUCCAUUUCAAGCCGAAACAAGGAGUCAAGAAUCUGAGUGCUGCCGAUGCUAAUAAACUUGCUGGGGAUAAUCCAGACUAUGCUAUCGAAGAUUUGUUCAAUGCUAUCGAGAAGAAAAACUUCCCUGAAUGGACCUUGUUCAUCCAGGUGAUGACUUUCGAGCAGGCUGAAAAAUGGGAAAUGAAUCCAUUCGAUGUGACCAAGGUCUGGCCACAUGGAGAUUUCCCAUUGAUUGAAGUUGGAAAAAUGAUUCUUAACAGAAAUCCAAAAAACUAUUUCGCUGAGAUUGAGCAAUCUGCCUUCUGCCCAGCCCACGUUGUACCAGGAAUCGAAUUCUCGCCGGACAAGAUGCUUCAAGGACGUCUUUUCUCAUACACUGAUACUCACUAUCAUCGUCUCGGACCAAACUACAUCCAGCUGCCAGUCAACUGCCCAUACCGUUCUCGUGCUCACAACACCCAACGCGACGGAUUAAUGACGAUUGACAGCCAGGAGGAUGCUCCGAACUACUUCCCAAACAGUUUCAACGGAUACCGUACCCGGGAAGAUGUGAAAGAGUCGACAUUUGGAUUGACUGGUGACGUCGAUCGCUACGAAACAACCGAUGAUCACAACUUCGAACAACCACGUCAAUUCUGGGAGAAGGUGUUGAAAGAAGACGAGAGAGAUCGUUUGGUUGAGAAUUUCGCAGAUUCUUUGUCCGGAUGCUACGAGCAAAUUCAAGAGGGAAUGCUCAAAAUCUUCAGCAAGGUUCACCCAGAUUUCGGAAACGCCGUUCGUCAUGCGUUGUGCCAGAGGAAGAAGUAA